CCAUACAGCUACAAGAUGAUGAAUUCCUCCCUGGAUCCACUGAACCAAAGCUCUGCUGACCCGUCAAACUUAUCUGCUCCCUUCUGCCUGCUUGAGAUAGGCUAUUCCCAGAUUUUCACCACUUGCCUGCUUGAAGUCUCUAUCAUACUUCUCCUCACUGUUCUCAUAAUUUCUGGUAACCUGGUGGUGAUUUUUGUGUUUCACUGUGCCCCCUUGCUUAGCCAGCACACCACCAGUGCUUUCAUUCAGACUAUGGCGUACGCUGAUCUGCUGGUGGGGGUCAGCUGCCUGUUCCCCUCUCUGUCCCUCCUCCAUCACCUCAAGGGCCUCAACCCCAAACUCACCUGCCAGGUGUUCGGGUACAUGGUGUCUGUUUUGAAAUCAGUUUCAAUGGUGUCGUUAGCGUGUGUGAGUGUAGACCGCUACAUUGCCAUCACACGACCUCUGACUUAUGCAUCCCUGGUGACACCUUGUCGAAUUCGAUGCUGCAUCGUUCUAAUAUGGUUGUACUCUGCUAUAGUGUUUAUCCCAUCUUUUCUGGGGUGGGGGAAACCUGGUUACCACGGGGAUGUGGUGGAGUGGUGCGCAGUUGAGUGGAGGACUCGUCCGGCCUUCACAACCUUUAUUGUUGCACUGCUCUACGCCCCAGCUGCUCUCACUGUUUGCUAUACCUACGCCAACAUCUUCAAGAUCUGCCGGCAGCACACCCGGGAGAUCAGCGAGCGCCGUGCACGAUACAAACCCCAACAGCUGCAGGGCCCAGGACUGACAGUGGGAUCUGCGUUCAAGGACAACAGUGCAGUAGAGCAAGGGCAGUUCCCCCACUUGUCUCAACCACAAAAAUCGCAACCACAGUAUCAGCAGCCCACAUCAACAUACCCAGACAAGCGAUACGCUAUGGUACUGUUCCGCAUUACCAGCGUGUUUUAUCUCCUCUGGUUGCCCUACAUCCUCUACUUUCUGUUGGAGAGUGGAGGGAUCUAUCACCACCCUGCAGCCUCAUUCCUAACCACAUGGCUUGCCAUCAGCAACAGCUUCUGUAACUGUCUCAUCUACAGCCUCUCCAACUCUGCCUUCAGGAAGGGCCUCAAACGUCUCUGCUCCUUCUGUUUACAGCGCAGUGGCAGUGGCUUCGGGGUUAGGAACACUAAAAAGGCUUUUGUUGGUUCUGUUGAAAAAGGAGUGCCGGCGUAUGGAUACGGACAUGGGGAAAUAGGAUUUGACACAACAUGUCAUGUGUAGAGCACACAUAGAGGAAACCCUUGUGCCAAAUUGGCAUUUGAACUUUUUAAAAGCCUGAUGUGAUUGCUGUAAUGUCUCCUCU